GUCGGUGGCACUUUGAGAUGGGAGAGAAUAGAGUUCGCCCUCCACAGGAAGGGCUCUGAGACUUCCCUUCAAGUCAACUAAGAGUAGUCUGGGGGUGAAUGUAACUUCAUUUUUCAAAGUCACCCCUUCUCGAAAUAAAACAUCAUGAUUGAUUUCUGAGGGUGCAUCAGGGUCGUAGCUAAAACCAGCUUCUUGUAAAUUCCACCAGUGAGCCCCCACGUAAUUUGAGUAAUGCCCGAAUUGUAAAGUGAGAAUUUCGUGUGACGACAUAACCUCAAUUUUGCAAACUAAAAUAACAAACAGUUGUUUUUCAAAAUAGAGUUUGCGGAAGUUUAUUGCAAUUACCUCAAGCUUUUUGCAGAUCAAUUACAUUUGUUUACACAGAAACGGAUCAAAAAAGUAUUGAAAUUAACACCACAUGAUGACAAGUAAACAUAACCUCAAUAAAUCACAAAGAAUAUGAUAUUUAACAAAAAAAAACGUUUCAUUUUGUCGUUUAUGACUGAAACUAUAUUUUCAGUGAAUCAAUUGAAAAUUUGUGAAUUUAUAUGAAAUAAUUAUUGACGCCUGUAUAAAAAGUUACGUAAACAUAACUUCAAAAUGUUGAGUAGACACUUAUCUCAAUUUGUGCGAAAAAAGACCCCAUUUCGGGGUUUUAACACGAGUUUAAAAUGCUCAAACACGUCACAAACAAUCAACGACGACAAGGAAACUCAUUUUGGUUUCCAAACAGUCCGUGAGAGUGAAAAAGCUGAAAAAGUAUACAGUGUAUUUGAAAACGUUGCCAGUAAAUACGAUUUGAUGAACGACGCAAUGUCGCUUGGGGUUCAUCGGUUUUGGAAAGACAUUUUCAUGUGUCGUUUAGGCCCCACUGAGAAUACUAAAUUACUAGAUAUGGCGGGCGGGACCGGUGAUAUCGCGUUUCGUUUCCUCAAUUAUAUCAAAAAUAACAAAAUUGAAAAAAAUUGUCAUGUAACAGUCUGUGAUAUAAACGCCGAUAUGUUAGAAGUGGGCAAAACCCGAAGCAAGAAUUUAAAUCAUGAUCCAACACUUAUCAGUUGGGAAAAAGCCGAUGCUGAAUAUUUGCACUUUGAAAGUGAUUCUUUCAAUGCCUACACUAUAGCUUUUGGGAUACGCAAUUGCACCCACAUUGAUAAAGUUCUCCAAGAAACGUACAGGAUUUUGCAACCUGGGGGGCGAUUUAUGUGUCUAGAGUUCAGUCAAGUAGAAAAUGAAGUCAUGAGAUGGUUUUAUGACCAGUACAGUUUUCAAGUUAUUCCGGUUUUGGGGCACAUUUUAGCCGGACAAUGGCAGGCCUACCAAUACCUUGUUGAGAGUAUCAGGAAAUUCCCCGACCAGGAAACUUUUAAAACAAUGAUAGAAGAGGCUGGUUUUAGGGAAGUCACUUAUGAAAAUUUAAGCAACGGAAUUGUGGCUAUUCAUUCAGGAUUUAAGUUAUAAGUGAGUUUUGGUAACUUUUAAAAUUGUAACGUUGGCACUACUGUCAUUUUGUUCAUUCAACAUCAGCCAACUUGAAAAUAAAAAUUUGGAAGCAUUUA